AUGCAAAUGCAGGAGACAGACACCACGUCAAAUCACUCAUCUUCGGGAGUCAGCGAGACGAAGUUCUUGUACUCGCAAGCUGAAAGACUCCUUGAAUUCUCGAUGGAAACCUGGUUCAAGGACGAGGACUCAUCUGGGCGUCACAUUAUGGAGACAGCGUUGAAGCAGGUUCGCACAGCGACGGGGACGACACCGACAAGCAGGCAUGCUCCGGAACCUGACUUUGCGAGGAGCAAGCCGUAUCCGAGUGUCGAGCUUAUUGACAGUAUCUUAACUUGGAGGGCACAGAACACCGGCUCGAAAUACAUAGCAGAUUUGCAGUCCGUGAUUUCUCUUCCAACUUUGGAGGCUCAGUGGCUAGCGCUCCGCAAUGGACAAGCCAAAGAACCUCUACGAAACCACUAUAUAGUCUCCGUCAAUUACGCAGCCUGGUGCUUCAUUGGCAUCAAGAUGGCUGAGACUACCAGCGGCGAUAUUCAUAAGCACCUGAAAUGGAGCAAAAAGUUCUACGAGCAGAACAUUAUUUAUGGUCUCCAGCAUAUGAGUGUGGCUGACUUGCCAACCACUGCGCUCUUCCAGGCCCUCUUAUCGGGGACUAUGGAUCGAGCGCCAUGCAUUACGCUAGGGCGUACUUCGAAAACAACCGUUCCACAGGAUUCCAUAAGCCCUGCCAAUGGCCUCUACGAAUUGUUCUAUAAUUUGGCUGAAGUUCAGGAUGCGGUCGUUCGUGCUGUCCGGGGCCCAAAGGAUACCGAUAGCUACUCUGAGCAUGUUGAGAGUUUGGAGCGCACGGUGCAUGAACUAAAGGGCGAUUUGCAAAAUUUUCGUUGCAUUUCCGAAAUUGAUCCAUUCUGGGCCGGCGAGGUUGCAGCAACGUCGUACGCUGCGUCUGCAAUCAUGACCUCGGUUUUGCAACUCGACUCAAAGAAUCCGAAGAACUCACUUAGACGGAAUGAAUUACUGGCCCAUGCUCGUGGCUCCCUCAGAUACCUUCUCUCCGUAUUAUCACGUGUAUCACCCGAACCAGAAGGCUGCGCCAUCAAGUUGUCCAUCUCAUGGUACUCACUUUUUAAUACCUCCUCACUUCAUUUGUGUCAGCAGCUAACGAUAGUAAGGAAAUUGCUCUUCUAUCCGAUGAACCCUUUUUUCACCCUCUACGGAUACAUGCUAGCACAUAGUGACUUUGAGACGUAUCUCAUGCUAUCAGAGGUAACGCACAGCUUGGUGAAUACGAUGUGGGACAAUGAGCCUUUCACCGAAUUGAUUUCUCUCUUGUCAUCGCUGAUGGGCUUGGCUUCCAACAUGUUCUCGGGACAGUCCGGUCUCAGUCAACAACCCAAAUCUCAAGCGCCAUCGAUUGCUGAGAGUUUGGGCACUGCCCGGCCGGAAUUGUUAGUUGUGGACGGACAGAUGACGGAAGAGGAACUUUUCAGUCAUCCCAUCGAGUGGAAUGAGGAAGAAAUGUCUUUAGCUGACUCUCUGGCAUUGAUAGUUGACUGGGAUGUGCCCGGGAUUGGGCGUGAAAGCCACUCUAAUGCUUGA